AUGUGGAAAAACUGGAAUCCUUCUGCAUUGCUGGUUGAAAAGCAAAAUGGUGCAGCUUCUGCAGGAAAAUUGAAGCGGGUGGGGAGGAGGCGCAGGGCCAGCGGGCAGAAGAGGUUAGCAAACAAACGCGCGGUGUGGUGCCAUCUACUUUGGGAGAGCUGGGAGGUGGGGGGCACACCCGCUCACGCGCCCCGCAGCGGCUGCAAAUCCAAGACUGCCACACCCCCGGCAGCCAGGGGCACGGCUUCAUCCUCCUUUCUCCAGCAGAAAGGAGGCCUCUCUACAGAACGGCCUAUCUGCUGGGCACUGCCCCGGGUCCCCAGCACCCCGGAACGCUGCGCCCGUGGGACGCGGCGCUGCUGGGCAGCAGCUGGGGGAGGGCCGCGGCGACCGGCGGCCCGCGCAUGCGCAGGUCGGGGUACCCGCCCGUUCACCUACCGUUGGAACCGCGAAGCCCCGUUCCCCAGCCGCGGCCGCUUCUCCAGAACCCGCGGCGACGGCAAGAGGGCGAAAGCUGAGGCCCCAAGUGGCUCCGGGGCCGGGGAGCCUCUUCCUGAGGCGGCUGCUGGCGGGAGGCUGAAGCGACAGAUGUGGCGCGGGGCCAGCCCGAGGGGGCCUUGCCACUCCUACGAGGAAACCUGGGGUACCCACAGCCAGGUGAGGAACACAGAGACCUCAGCAGAAAACCGCCGGGGCAGGGCAGGCCUAGGCGCUGACUCACGUUCCCAUUCCCAAAGAUGUGGGUUGGAGCCAGGACCUCGGGGCUGCACCUGAGCCCCGCCCGCCCCCACGCUUCCCCCUUCUCCCAAAGACCUGACCUAGACUCCAAAGCACUGAUGCUUCCGUGCCGAAAGGCCCUGGGACUGUGAAGGUCGAUAGGCUGCAUGCUCACAAGGAGCUUCAUACGCUAAAAUAAACUGGAGCUGCGGAGGUGGAGCGGAAAGGAGGCAGUAAGAAUGAGGAACUCCGAACCUAGGAGUCUACGCGCUUGCGUAGCCACCCAGACCAACCCUGCAGCUCCCUUGCGCUCACACAGGUAUGAGUAUUCAGCCAGUCUCUUCUCUGCUUUAGUCUGUUAAGGGCUUUGAGAUCUUCCAUUGCGUAAAAUGCAGUGUUCUGCCUUUGGACUCCUUGACUGCGAGUAGAUGAACACCUCCACAAAGAACUCUGGUUGUCUGUAAAAAUAUGAACCACUGCAAUUCAUCUGUCCCCUACCUGCCUGAGCUGGAAGUCGGUAACCCUCAAAAUGUCAAACAAGAACCUCCACAGAACUUGGGACAAGGUUAAAAAAUAAAUAAAUAAAAAGUCACCCUAUGAGAUGAUCUGUAAAUGUGUUACAAAGGCCAAGGGGCUGCCAAAUUUCAUCGGACUAAAAUAAAUCGUCUGCAACCUAAGUAUCACAUGCCCAGUUGAUGUUGUCAUAACAGAAGGGUGCGGUCCACAAAGAGUCUAAAACCGGCAGAAUCUGAAUAAGAAUGUGUUGUGGGGCUCAGCUCCCACUCUCUCCAGGAGAGGGGUGACUGAUUCUAAUGACCAGGGCCAAUUAUCAGGGCAGUUAAAAAUCUUGAUUCACAUUCAGUCACUCAUUCGAAAGAUACUUAUUGGGUGCUUACUAUGUUCUAGUCUCUCAGGAUACAUCAGCAAACAAGGUCUCUGCCUUCGUGGAGUUUAUAUCCUAGCAAACUUAAAUUCUGUAUAUCCUUUAAGAACAUACAAAAGCCCAUGCUCUGAUUCCAAAUUCAACAAGUAGCUUUUCUGUCACUCGGGGUCUCAAAUAAAUCUACACACCCAGUAAGAAGCAAUUGUUCAAGGCACAGGACUGGGACUAGUUAGACUAGCUGUACAAUCUUUGUCAAUUAAAAACUUCACAUCAUGGUUUAUAAAUCAGCUUCUGUUCAUGGGAUUGAAUUAUGAAAUUGUCUCAUCUGAAUUAAUUUCCCAGAGCCUGAUUAAACUUGAGUGAAGUGAAACAAGUUUUCAAAUCUGCCAAACUGAGGACCAGAAAAGGCCUGGUUUCAUAGCCGCCCAAUCAAGAUGCAGCCUGUGCAUUUAGCCUUGCAUCUCUCUUUAAACUUCUUAAAUGGAAGCUUUACCUGUGAUUCCAUGCUUGGAGAACAGGGGCAAUAUGCUUACUUCAAGAGCUUAAUCAUAAGUACCCUCCUCUACUGGGUGGAAGAAAUGACUAAAAACCCACCAUAUUAAAUCUUCUGAUAAAAGAGAAGCAACUCACCAUCAGAGAGUUGUAUUGCUGGAUCUUCUGAGGAAUGCAGCGGGAAUCUGCCUGUGCCACUUUGCCCAGGACCAUUGUGCCAGGGUGCAAGAAUGUGUGUUCUUCAUAAACAGAAAAACAUUACUAGCUGCAAAGAGAAGAAACUGUUCCAGGGUGUACAAAUCCCACGCCAACCUCCAAAAUAAUGGCAAAUACUGUUCUGACUUUAGCAACCUAAAGUAACCUUUGUGGCCUUCAUUUAUUCAACACGUAUUUCUUGAGCAACUAUUAUGGGUCAGGCACUGUGCUAGGGGAUAUAUGAUCAUGAUCUCUGCCCAGAAUAAGUUUCAUCUUACAUAUCUCUGGAAUAGAAUUUUUUUGGAAUAAAACCAAAGUUAACACAA